AUGACCUUUCUUGUAUCUUGUCAUCAGCAGGACGCUACCGCUCCUGAAAAAGUCGUUGUUGGCUAUUGGGGAUACUGGGAAUCCAAACUACUGCCAAUUGAGCAUAUACCUUGGUCUCAAAUUACACACAUCAACUACGGGUUUGCCUCAGUGAAUGAAGGUAUUGAGCCUGUUCUGACAAACGAAGCUCAGUUGAUAAGAAUAGUUGGCAUUGCUCAUCAGCAUAAUGUGAAAGCACUGCUAUCCAUUGGUGGCUGGUUAGGCAGUAGAUCCAUGAGCUCCAUGGCUGCAACUCAUGAAAACAGGACAACGUUUGUGGAUAAGGUUGUAGGCUGGGUAAUUGAAUAUGGAUUAGAUGGUUUGGACAUUGAUUGGGAACAUCCUGGAAAGAGUGCACUGGAGUGCAACACGAUUGACUAUGCCAACGAUGCCGACAACUAUUUGGCACUGCUGAGACAGCUUCGAGCAUCAUUAGACAAUGCGUUUAGUACGAUUCAAAUAGCUGCCAACAAUCAGAGCAGCACAGCAGCGGCGGAUAAUGGCCAUAAACUACUGACAGCAGCAGUGGGAACAACCCCCUUCUUCAAGAAUAACACGCCCAUUGUGGAUACCAGCCAUUAUGCUCAAGUAUUGGAUUGGAUAUUCAUCAUGAUGUACGACACUUACGUUGGAAAAUCAGUGAUUGGGCCCAAUGCUCCCUUACAAACUUCGAUGCAAGCAGGCGCGAGUCCACAAAGCUUUUCUCAGGCAUGGAACGCUUGGACUUCAGCACACAUGCCAGCAAACAAGAUAGUCAUGGGAUUGCCGUUUUAUGGCUAUGUGGCAAAACCCAAAGAAGACGUCGUGGCAUUGAAGCGAUUACUGGUAACAGCACAUACGUCCAGGCCACAAGGAGAUCCAGACGACGAUUUAUCUGCAAUAUCAUCAUGUCCAGGAGCCAAAAGACGAGGCUACUCGGGACUAUGGAAAUGGAGGUCAUUGUAUACGUCAAAUGUGUUACUUGAUGCAAAGACACCAGGUGGCCAAUGGAUCAAAAGCUGGGAUCAAGAAUCGCAAACGCCGUGGCUAUACAAUCCAGUGACCCGCCAUCUGAUCAGUUACGAUGAUCCAAACAGCAUCUCGAUCAAAGUCAACUUUGCACUCUGUAUGAAUGCAAGAGGCGUUGGAGUUUGGGAUCUAGCUUAUGAUGCGUACGAUAGCCAAGGACAGGGAGAGCUGCUUUCCGUGGUGAAUCAACAUGUAUCAGCUGUCAAAAGAGAGUUAGCCUGUCAACAGCUGAGUCCUGUAGCAGCCUAUAAAUUAGUUGGACCCCAUUUCAACGCACUUUAUAUCGAUAGAGUGCUCUCUCAAUCAAGCCAUGUGGCAUUCUACAUGUCUUUUCAUAGUGCAUUGAUCCUCUUUAUUGCCUUUAUGCUGAAAUAA